AUGGAGCGAACAACAACAACAACAACAGCAACAACCAAACUCGCCCAUCCCAUCCUCGUAUCGAAAUACCACCCCGUAGCAAACUACUCCUACCCUCGCAGCGAGGCACCCUCCUCCGCCUCCUCCUCCUCCUCCUUCGUCUUCUCCCGCACCCCCUACAGCAGCAACGAGCCCAGGGCAGCUCCUAUAUCACCCCCGCCAGGCCUGGUCGACGACCGCAGCACCUACGACUCCGAGGCUUCUUCCUCCACAGACGACGACGACUUCCGGUACCACGUUCACUCCGGCGAGCUCUGGGACAGCUUCCUCGAGGCAGGCCAGCACCCUCUACACGGAGUCUACCAGACCGAGACUGUGGAAAUGGCGGGAUCAUCAUCAUCAUCUCUGUCUGCUUCUUUCGAGGCCUUGUGCGUCGCUCCGCCUGUUGUGCCGGCAAAGGACUAUCCGGCCUUGAUCACCGCCGCCGCCGCCCCCCCGCGCAUCAAGAGACGUCCCGUACCAGCUCCCCCUCAACAGACCCCCUGGCCGCUCUCCGACCACGACCAGAGGAACCACCACCCAAGCCAACCCCGGAAACCAUCGCCAACAUACUCUGUGUUCCCCAAGAUGGCCACUAUCCCAUCAUCAGGCACAUGCACAAGGAAGAGCUCAAGCUCCCAACUGUCCACCAGCAGCAGCAGCACAGACGCCCCUUGCCCUCCUCCUGCCCAAAAGGCCCUUCCUCCUCCUCCUCCUCCUCCUCCUACAUGUCUUCCUCCGCUGCCUCCUCCACCCCAAAGAUUGGCUGCAUCGCAGUAUCAUCGCUCAGAAAGCCCCCGCCGCCCGAGACGCUUCUCCCCGGCCUCAUCCCUCACGUCGCUCCAGCGCCCCGGGACUUGUCACGGCUCGCGGCCGGCCAGCCCCAUGGGACUCCCCUAUUCUCUUCCUCCUACUCCUCCGCCAACCGCGCCGCUACCAGCUCUGCCGCCGCACUCGUCGCGAUCUCAUCACCCAUCCACUGCCAUGGCCUCUAGAGCACAUAAUCUCAGUCAUGCCGAAGCAGCAGCUCCGUGUCAUCCAGCACCACCCCAAACCCGCCGCUCAUGCGCGUCCUCGACCAAGCUGCCCACUCGUCCACCCCCAGAGCCUCUCCCUCGCUCCGUCUUUGAAUACGACACAGAUUCAGACGACGAAGAUGGCAGCCGUAACAACAACAAUAAAUACAACAACAACAACAACAGCAAUGACUCCUCUUCCUCCUCCUCCUCAAGAAGCUCCACAGAUUCCCCCACACUCUCCUUCUUCCGCCUCUACAGACGCAGUCAGAGCCCCAACACAAGCAGCGAGGGCAUCCUCUCUCGUCGAAGGGGCUCCGCGUCCAAGACUCCGCUGCAUCAGGCCCAGAGCCAGCAGCAGCAGCAGGAGCAGUACUUUGUUGACGCGGCGGCCACUGCGGCCAAGGACCGGAGGAGGAGGCGCAAGAGGACCAACACCAUUGACAGCUUGCCGCCGCUGGUGGCGAAGCAGGCUGACCUGGUGCUGAGCAGGAUGCUUGGACGACGGAGUCGCUGA